AUGACUGUUGUAAACCAUAACUAUUCUCAACGUAGCGAGCCUGAAGGAGGCUUCAAGAGCCUUGCAGCUUUCUAUCCAUUCUAUCUCGGUGAACACUGCAAUGUGACCAAUCGUCGUCUGCAUCUCAUGGGUACCACCUUGUCAUUGGUGAUCACAUUGUUGGCUGCAAUGAAACGAAAACCACAUUUGUUGCUCGUGGCAUUGAUACAAGGCUAUGCAUUUGCUUGGGUUGGUCAUUUCAUCUUUGAAAAAAACAAACCGGCUACAUUCCGUUAUCCUAUUUGGUCCUUUAUUUGCGACUUUAAGAUGUGGUCCGAAGUGAUGACCGGCAAACGCAAGUUUUAA